GCAAUAACAAUGACAUAUAAUUUCCAUCAAUUUCCAUAUUUAUUGAUCAAUGUCCGACGUCCAUCGUAAUCGUAAAUAAUGAUUGAAUAAUUACAAUAAACGUGGCCAAUUUGCCCUAAUUAGAUUUGUGUGUUGCACCAGACGAUUCCCGAACUCGUCUGGCUUGUGUAGCUUUAACUUACAGUGUUAGAUAACCCUCCAAAAUGACGAUCGAAGGGAAUAAAGACGAAGCGGAAAAAUGCAUAGAAGUUGCGCAAAACGCGCUUGCAGCAGGAAAUCUCGAGAAGGCCGAGCGUUUUCUGCUCAAAGCGGAACGAUUAUACCCUACUGCUCGUGCUAAAGAGCUUUUGACGAGGGUAAGAGCUGGAGCAUCCGGUCAAUCGACGAAACAUAACACUCCUCCAGGAACUCCAAGUUCUGAAGAUGUACGACGUAGAAAAAACGUAAACCACCAGCCUACCCAAAGAGAAUAUACUACAGAGCAGUUGGAAGCCGUACGGAGGGUCAAAACUAAGUGCAAAGAUUACUAUGAGGUUUUAUGCGUGACCAAAGAAGCAACAGACUCGGACAUCAAGAAAGCAUACAAGAAGUUAGCCCUCCAGCUACAUCCUGACAAAAACCAUGCACCCGGAGCUGCUGAGGCCUUCAAGGCUGUGGGCAACGCGGCGGCGAUACUCACGGACCCGGAGAAACGCAAGCAAUACGACCUGCGCGGCGAGGAGCCGCAGCACCCUACACACACGCACCACCAGUUCUACGCGCGCGGGUUCGAAUCUGACUUGACGGCUGAGGAACUCUUCAACAUGUUCUUUGGAGGCACUGCGUUCCCUGGUGGCGGUCCAACAGUAUACACGCGGCGUCGCGCACGCGAGCCCGAGCCACGAGACAACAACGCUGGUCUCAUGCAAAUGUUGCCAGUGCUUGUGCUAGUGCUACUGUCCAUGAUGUCCGGCUUCUUCAUCAGCGAGCCAGUGUACAGCCUGACUCCCACACCCAAGUACCCGGUGCCCAGAGAGACUGUCAACUUGAAGGUGCCGUACUAUGUGAAGGAAAACUUCCACACUGACUACCAAGGCUCGCUGCGACGACUCGAAAUGGCAAUCGAGGAGGAGUAUAUAGUGGGUCUCCGUCACGCGUGUCAGCGCGAGCGCAACUAUCGCGACAGUGUCGCGUGGAAGGCGCGCAACUUUGGCGACCCGCGACACCACGCCGACGCGCAGCGCCUGCGCAUGCCGUCCUGCGAGAAGCUGCAGCAGUACCAGCGAUAGACUUGAUUAAAUACCACCUUCCUGUGCUUUCGUUUCCUUUCCCAUCCUUAAAUCCAUGAUCUAUUACGAUGUAAACGUUAAUAAUUUAUACUACGCUAUUACAAUCCAUACCGUUCGAUUAUAAUUCACACCACUCGAUUAUAAUCCAAACUGUUCGAUUAUAAUUCACACCACUCAAUUAUAAUCCGUACCACUCGAUUAUAUUCCAUUCUAUCCGAUUAUAUCCCAUACCACACGAUUGUAAUCAUAUAUAUCACUCGAUUAUUAUCCAUCCCACGCCAAUUAUAAACCACACUAUCCGAUUAUAAUCUAAAACAUACGAUAAUGUUUCAUUCCAAUUUAUAAAAAUCUAGACCAAGCGAUAAUAAUAUUUUUACUAGAUAAAAAUGCCCCAAGCCGUCUUGUGAAAAGCUACUGCAGUACUAACGAAGACCUAAUUAAAAACUACCUUCCUGUGCUUUCGUUUCCUUUCCCAUCCUUAAAUCCAUGAUAUAUAACGAUGUAAACGUUAAUAAUAAUUCAUACUACGCCAUUAUAAUCCAUACCGCUCGAUUAUAAUUCACACCACUCGAUUAUAAUCUGUACUACUCGGUUAUAUUCCAUACUAUCCAAUUAUAAUCCAAACCACACGAUUAUAAUCCACGAUAGAUUAAAAAAUCCUAAAAAUUAUACACUUCGUAUAAAACAAUACCACAUUCCAUUUAUAAUGCAUCCAAAGUAACAAUGGGAACGCCAUAUUUGCUCAUCAACUGGCAUAUGGUUAGCAAGAUAAGUCUUUACAUAUAAAACAUUUAUGAAUAUUCAGGUAGGUACAGCG